CUGAAUCUGUGAUUAUUCUGCAAAAUUUUUCUGUAUAUAAUUUUUGAUGGUACAUUAUUUGGCUAUUGAAGUAUCAAUCAUUAUAGAAUAGGAUAUUUACAUUAUAGACAAUGAAAGCAUAUUUUGAAUUAGUUUGUUUGCAUUGAUGAAUCGUCUACAAUUUCUGCACGUUUGGAACCAGGUUACGAGGUGCGGCAGGGUACAUGGUAUUGGUGUAAACUAUGCCAGAACUGCGUGGAUGAAAAGAAGGUUAAUCGGAACAAACAGUUAUGGUAAACCUGUCGUUUGUAUAGUUGGAAGUGGACCUGCCGGAUUUUAUACCGCACAAUAUUUAUUAAAGGUAGUAUACAGUCAAACCUCGCAUAAAUUGACCAUGGACUGGCCAAGUUGUGGUGUCCGCUUUUUGAGAGAUCAUUAAUGUUUAACCCUUUAAGUGGCAAUGCAUGCUGAUGCGCCCUACUUUAGUAUUUUACUCUGUCUAACGCCAGACGAUUUUACUCAAUGGGUUAAUUAAUCCAUUGAACUGCAUUGCACCCUGAUGCACCAUGCAUACUUUAUUAUUUUACUGUGUUUAAAUGCCAGUAGUUUAAGGCAAAUUAUUUGGGAAUUGGUGGAAUCGUGGAAAUUGGGAAAAUUCGGAAUUGUGUGAAAACACUCCGCACUUUGGGAGUCGUGUUUCUACACAAUUUCUCGUUUUCCCAAUUUCCACAUGUGUUGAUAUAACUGUACAUCAACACGGAAAGUGUUUUUAUAUUUGUUAAAUGUUCACUUUCAGUUUCAUGAAAAUGUAUUGAUUGACAUAUAUGACAAGUUGCCUGUACCAUUCGGUCUGGUUAGAUUUGGGGUGGCACCAGACCACCCUGAGACAAAGGUUGGUGCUUGGUAAUUCUCUUUCAUUCCAGUAUGUUUUGUUACAUUCUUCCAUGUUAAUUCUCUUUAAUUAAGAACUUCUUCUACCAAAACAAUCAAUUAUUCUUGCAUCAAUUAGGGUUCCAAACAGACCAGUUGAUGCCAAAGCAUUUCUCUAACUGUUAAUCAAGAAAAGUACUGGACAUGCAGCAUUCAUAGUUGUCUUCGAAAUCCUUGAAACUCUUUACUGUCAUUGCAAUAGAAGUGUCGAUAAAAUAAUAUUGCAACAAUUCAUUACUGUACCUAACAUUGAUCAAUUAAUUUGGUCAAAAACUGGUUACUAGCAUGCUUGUUUCCAAUUGGUCAAUCAGUCACUGAAACACAAAGCCAUUGGUUGAUUCAAACAUACAGGAAGUUGAUCAAUUUUUCGACGAGUGAAUUAAUUAACUCUUUCUAGAACUGCAUCAAUCAGUUCACAACAACUGCAAAACAUGAACGAUGUAGAUUUGUUGGCAAUGUCCAUGUAGGCAGAGAUGUAUCUUUGAAGGAACUGAAGUCUGUUUAUGAUGCAGUUAUACUGGUAAUUUUUACUUUUAAAAUUUGAAAGUUUCUUUUAGUUGAGUUGCAUUUACACAUAAAAUAAUCACAUAUAAGCACAUACUAGUGUGUAAAUACAAUCAUUGUCUUCCUCUUCAAUAUUUCCCCCUCUCCCACUCCCCUCUCCAAUAAGCAUCCCUGUCUUCUGUCUUCAAUACUUACUCUCCUAUAAACCCCCUUCAAAACACUCCCUUUCCACUAAGCCCCUUUUUAAAAAAUCCUCGCUCUCCUAUAAGCACCCCUCCCCAAUAAACCCCCUCUCCAAUAAAUGGGGAUAAAACCCCUUUCUCCGAUAUUUCCCACUCUCCAAUAUAGCCAUGUUUCCAAUAAGCCCCCUCUCCAAUGCACCAUUCUCUCCAAUAAAUCCCCUCUCUAAUAAAACCCCUCUCUAAAAAACGUUUCCCCUCUCCAAUAUUUCCCCACUCUUCAAUAAACCUCCUCUACAACAAGCUCCCCACACUCUAGUAAACCUCCUCUCCAACAAGGUUUCCUCUCUACCAAGCUCCCCUCUCCAAUAAGCACCCCUCUCUAAACUUUUCCACUCCAAUAAACUCCCCUUUCCGAUUUGCUCAUUUCUAUAAUAAAUAUGUGCACCCUUUUCCAAUAACCCACUCGUCAAUAAGGAAUAAGCAUUCUUUUCCAACAUGCUUCCCUUUCCAAUAAACCUUCCUCUUCAAUAAGCUCCCCUCUCCAAUAAACUCCCUUCUCUAAUUAGCGUGUGCACCCUUCUCCAAUAACCCCCUCAUCAAUAAGCCUUCCUCUCCAAUAAGGAACCCUGCUUAUAGAAGCACCCUUUUCCAAUAAGUCCCCCAUCUUUAAUAAAGCCCUCCAAUAAAGCCCCCUCUCCAAUAAUGCCCUUUCUCCAAUAAGCCAUCUCUCUAGCAACUUAACAAGCACCCCUAAAAUAUGACUGAAAUAAAUAAGCCCCUUUACUGUCCUCGUUCUUGAGACACGCGAAAUAUAGACUUCUAGAAUAGCGACAAAAUGUUGAAGUUGUUUUUUGUUAAGUGCUAUGGUGCUGAGAAGGACAGAAAACUUCACAUACCAGGCGAGGUAUGUAAUAUAUACAUCAUGAGCUGCCGUUGUGUAUCGGAUAUUCAAACUCGAGCCAAAUGCGAGAAGCUGUAUGUCUGAUGUUUAUAAACAAGCUGCAGCAGGGAAAUUUGCUUUGAAAUUUACGUUAACCUAGGACUGUAACCUAAUCGGCAUUUGAACAACCGCGGUCCCUGAUUUGCAUAUAAACUAUUUCCUCGAUUCUCUCAAUUAGGUUAACGUUUAACCCAGGGUUUUAAUAGCACUAAAGGUCCAGACACUGACCGAUAACUUUGAUCCUAGUUUAAAUUUUGCAAAUAUUUAGAAGCGUUAUAACAUUGUGAGUUAUUUGGCCUACAUAUCUUUUAAAAUUUGCUCUCAUUGGCUGUUUUAUUAACUUUCAAAAACUAAAAAAUCGCGUCGCGUUGUCGAAUCGCGUCCGGUGUGUCUGGACCUAAUAAACCCAGCUUUGAACAACCGGCCCUUGGAGAAUUUUGUAUGUGCGAAUACAACACCUCACUAUACAUUGAUUUCUUUUGAAUUUUAGCCAUGAAUUAUUGAUGAUUUACAAAUUUUACCAUGAAUUAUUGAUGAUUUACACAUUUAUUAUCCCCCAAGUCUUUGCAUAAGAAAUGUCCGCUUCACAUGCUUUUAUUUUUUGGACAGGAAAAUCAUGGUGUAUACUCUGCCAGAAGUUUCGUUGAAUGGUACAAUGGUCUACCAGCUAGUAGCGAUGUGAGUCUGGCGUAGGCCGCCUUGUGAUUUCCAUUGUCCUGAUAUAUAGCAAGCUAGAACAACGCGAUCGAUAUACUGGCAAUGGUCACCGUGGCUUUUGUUGAA